ACUCAAGAAAAAAUGUAUCCAAAAUUUCUUGUUUUGCUACUCACUAACUUCUACAUUUUUUGCUUACUAGCCUUAGCCUCAGACCCUGACCCUAUCCAAGAUUUUUGCAUACCUAACACAAGAAAAUCAAGGUACAAUUUUUUACCAUGCAAAAAUUCUAAGUUACUAACACCUGAUGAUUUUAUAUUUCCCGGCGUAAAAUCGCCGGGAAAUUUCUCCGAUACCGGACUCGCGGCCGUGUCGGUGAGCCCUACAAUAUUUCCAGGACUUAACACGUUAGGAAUGUCAUUUGUACGUGCUGAUUUGAAUAUUGGUGGUAUAAAUCCUCCUCAUUUUCACCCUAGAGCUACAGAAAUUGCAUACAUUUUACGUGGAAAAAUUUAUUCAGGUUUUAUCGAUUCGAAUAAUCGAGUUUUUUCGAAGGUAAUUGAACAAGGAGAUGUCAUGGUUUUUCCUAGAGGAUUAGUACAUUUUCAGAUGAACGUUGGAAAAAUUCCAGCGACGAUUUUCGGGUGUUUUAAUAGUCAAAAUCCAGGCAAUAUGAAAAUUCCAGCAACUAUUUUUGGUUCUGGAAUUAAUGAUGAGCUUUUGGAGAAGGCUUUUGGAUUAAGUCUUAAGCAAAUUGCUAUAAUUAGAAGGAAGUUUUUUCCUAAAAAGGCAAGGUAAAGUGUGAAGGACUUUAUUGGCCUUUAUUGGAAUUUAAAGAGAAAAUUGUUUAAGCAGUUGGUUGAGCGAUUAUUUAGGUUAAUUCUUCUUAUAAUUACUCGGGAUCGCCAUUGAGUAUGGAAUUUCUUGAGAAAUGGUGGAAAUGAAGGAUAAAUUUCCCUUUUUGUUAUUUUUUGUAAUUUGUUUUCGAUUACCUUUUAUUCUUUUUUGGCUUAUGAAUUAUUUUUGUUUGUUAUUGUCCUUAAAAAGAACUAUAGUGAAAUGAUUUAUGACACAAUGUUUGUGUUAGUGUAAUAUAACUAGGCCUUUUAUACAA